AAAAGACCUCUUUAUGCUGAGUGACCCCUCGUGCUUCCUCGCUGUCUGACCCAGCGCAUACCUUUACGUAUACAGAGUGUUUGAGCGCUGCAUUGCAUUUCCUCCGUGGGGAUUGGCCUCAGCUGGUAGAGAGGUUUGCGCAACUCUUCAGCUGAAACAACUGCACCCGGAUCCGUCGCUUCCCCCACACGUCAUUGCACCCCUUAAGAUCUCCAUUACCUACCACCGACAGGCGAAGUCGAGCUGGGAGGAAGAAAUAUUAAUGUCGUUGCAAUGAUCCCUUUGUUCUGACCUACACUCUCGUUUCCCCCCCCAAUCCGCACGGAUGGGUCUCAUAUCAUCUCUAUUCGGCGGGAAGACGGCGCAGGACAUACCAGCUCAGCCAAAACGAAAGAGUGCGAAGCCGCGGACCAAAUCGAAUAAACCCAAUAAAUUGUCGAAACCCAGGACGAAUACGUCAGCGAAUAAUCUACUGGAUGUGCCUGGAGGCGGGGUCUCGAGGAAGAGCUCGCUAGCGAGUGUUAAUGCAAGGGGGAAGAGAAGGUCGAGCAGUGUUCCUGCGAGAUCUGAUGUGGAUCUUCCAUUCGCAGAGGAUGCGAGGGAAGAUUCUGGACCGGGCCGUGGGAGGCAGCAGGAGAGGGAUAAGAGGGCGUCGAGGCUGAGCAGCUUGUUUCGAAGCAAGUCGAGCACGCCUGCGUCGAUAGUGCUCCAGGAUAGGCCAGAUGAUAAAUGGAUUUUAGACGACAACGGUGGAGUUGAGGCGUUGGAUAAUUCGGAUCCGUUGCGUAGAUACUCACAGCUGGGGCUUGCAGGUUAUGCUCAGGACCUGCCUACGGAUAGCCAAUACUCAGUAACUGACAGCACACCGGAUUUACAUAGAUCUCCAAGCUAUAUAAGGUACCAACAAGCUCGACUGUCCCUUGUUGCCGAAACAUCAUCCGCUGCUCAAAUAAAUGAUUCCCUGCGCCGCCAGCGCCUUGCCGAAACAGAAGCUAUCCUUACCAGAAAUGCAAGCGUCCACUCGCAAAAUUCAAAUGCAUCUAACCGCUACUCCAUGAGAUCGAGCACAUCUCCCGCUCUAUCCGCCCGCCUGAGCUCGACGGAACAAGUGCACAUUCAACCAGAAAACUAUACCUCCCACUCAGUUCGCCGCCGCUCCCACCUCACGCCCGGCGUUGCAACGAGGAUGGGCGAGACCAACAGCGGGUCACGUUCUUCGAGGCUGCAGAAGCAAAAUCCAAAGGCAUGGAGACAAUCCGCAGCUGAACCGGAAUCCAGCCAGACAUUCACCCACCGCUUCGAAAGGUCAAAGACACUGCCCAGUGAGGAGGAAAUAUAUAGUUACUACGACGAGGCUAAGGCAAGCGAAAGCCCCGUAGAGGAUCUGGAGAUGCUGGCACCGCUCCAGAAACCGCGGUUUAGAGAAGACAUCACAAGCACGCAGAGGAUGAGCACGCCGACUGAUUUGAGACAUAUCGGUAGUUUUGAGCUAGGUAGUCUAAGGAUCAUGAAUGGUGUCGCAACUCCAAACGCUGCGAACACGCCAAAGGCACGACGGGCACCACCUAUAGAUAGUGAGGUAGACAAUGUCUCUGCGCGGACGACAGCCAUGAGUCUCGCGAGCUUGGCGCGGAGGCAUCCGUCGGAACAAGGGAAGACGCAUGAAGUCAAACAAGCCAGGCAGCCAGAGAUCACAGUCAACCCUACAGACCAACUCACCGUUGAUCCGCCCUCCAGAAGCCCCAGCACGGCAACAAAGCAAUCAGCCUACUCUGACGUCCUGGAAAUCAGCAGAGCGUCGUCGCAGUAUCUGGAAUCGGCGCCGCAGAUACCUGGUGGUGCUAGCGAGUUUGCUGAGUUCUACAGACUGGAUAUUGAUUUCCUUCCCAGCCUGUUCUCUGCUGAUUUAUCUAUGCCGUCGACCCCGAAAUUGGAAACUUCAUCGAAACGCAAUUCUGAGGAAGACGAACGAUUUGAGGACGCCAGGUCACAUCUUGGGGUAUUUGAGGACGCUAAGUCGGAGCUUUCAGUGCAUGAUCGGCGUAGCCCUAUUUCUGAAGCCCCGAGAAGGCAGGACGACGAAUUGUAUCUUCCUGCUGUCGAAACCAUGUCGCCACGCCGUCCUGCGCAAACAAUGGAUACUUCGACGCACGCACGUCUUGAGCCCUCGGCUGUGCCCGAUAGCGGGUAUAGCUCUUAUACUUCUCUGGGAUCGGUGCAGUCAUCCGGGUCUCGGUCAAAACUGAGGGAUACCUCAGAGUCUCCUACUGAACUCGAUAAUUACCAGGUAGCUCGACCAUCUGAAUUUGAUGUGUCUUCUAAACCUAGAGUCCCCAAAGCGGAUUAUUGGAGGACGCAACAUGCUCCGAGCGAGUUGGCUAGAGAAUCUCGUGCAGAGCCAAUAGCCCCACCGCCGGUGAGAGCAGCUCCAUCUGAGCCCCAAAGGAACCAGAUGCCGCGACCCCCGAUCCCAAUGACGACUGCCCACGUGGAUGAUUCAUUGGCGUCCCAGGCAGAAGCCGAACUUACCAAAUCUAACAACAAGUCUGCACCUACAUCUCCCAAGCAGCGGUCUCCAGGCAAAGUUCUUCAAAAGUCGUCUCGGGCUCGCCCAAAUUCCCUAGCUGUUCAGGGUCGUGCUAAUUCUGAAGACACGAUUACUCCUGUCAAGAAGAGGUGGCAUAGGCAUAGCACCCAGCCAAGCUCAGAGGCUCCCAUCACGGUGCGAAAGAUUGAGGAACCUGAGCAGAUUAAAGUGCCGCCGGUGCCUAAACGCCUUUCUCUCACGUUCAGAGAGCGAGCAAGCAGGUUCUCCUCGGGAUUGAAACAUACGACACCAGUGCCUGACACCGUUAAGCCCGCCAAAAAGGAAGAGGAACCCAAACCCGCACCCCCUCCAUCCAAAGAAGAAGUUCAGCGCUCAAUCCGCCGGCAGUCCUCCCCCGCCAUGCCUGGAUUCCGACUUGUCAACGCCGCCGCCCCCUCACCACCAGCACCCACACCCCCCACAAAAUCCCUCCGACCCCUCUCCUCCCCCCCACCAAAACACACCACCAAAGACUCCCGCUCCCCACCAAAAGAUACCCCCAAAGCCCCCCGCUCCCCACCAAAAUCCACCACCAAAGACCCCCGCGCCGACUUCGAGCGCCACAUCCCAAACGCCACCACCAUCACCAGCCCCCUCAGCAACACUCCCUACGACGCCUCCUCCUCCGCCAUCGCCCCUCCCCCCGCUCCCGCAACCGCCGGGUCCGCAACUACCACCACCCGUCCCCGCCGCGACCGCACAGGCCGCCUCAUAGUCGCGGACGAAGACUCCGCCUCCCACUCCGCGCGGGCGCGCAGCCAAGUUCGCGCCGCUGAGCGGGCCCAAGAAGCUGAAAGGAGGGAGGUGCUGGUGUCUCGCGUGGCGCAGAGUAUAUCCGAGGGUUCGGACGGCCGCGCACAACCGGCUGUGGUGGUGGUGGUGCCGAAUAAUUCGAGUUUUGCGAAUCAGCUAGCUGGUGCUGGUCACCGCACCCCUACUGCGUCUGGCGCGUCGACACCAAGAGCGGGGAAUGGGAAUCUGACGCCUGUCCCUGCUCUUGCGUCUGGGUCGCUGAAUGUACCAGAAACGCGCCAGAGUCCAUUGAUGAAAGGGAAGCGUGAGAAAAUCGGCCCCCCCCCUUCCCUCAUGAACAACCAGCACCGCAAACACGGCAUCCUCGGUUUCUGGAGCGGAUCCUCCUCCUCCAAGGACGGACAAUCCCUCGACGCGCUGCCACCCAAACGUCCCAUGCCUAUGGGACCCGUCGGAUCCUCGGGCGAGAUCCCCGCCAUCGUUUCGGCGAAGAGCGCGGGCUUCACGACGCCGAGGGGGAGGACGUUGCCGUCUAUGGCGCCGCAGUGGAGGGGGCCUAGUCCGGCGGAGCUGGCGGAGAUGGCGCUGCAGGCGAGGAAGGAGGGGAGGUUGAGUGUGGAGGGGGGGAGGAGGAGUAUGAGUGCUGGGGGGGUUUAUGAUAAGGGGAAGGGGGUGGCCGGGAAUGGUGGUGGGGAGAGGGAGAGGCCGGGGUCGGCGAUGAGUGAGAGUGAGCCGAAGGGGAAGGGGAGGAGGAGGGGGUGGAGUUUUAGAUCUAGGAAGGAGGGGGAGGUUUGAUGGAGGGGUUGCGUAUACGAAGGCAGUACAGCACAACGACACCUCUUUUUGUUGUACUCGCAUACCGGCGUUUUUUUAUUUUGGAUUUUUUUUGUUUCUGUUUGGAUUAACCACGGAUGGAAAGGAUGAAUGGAAGGGAUGGCUGAGGCCGGGCAUUUUAUGAGCAUACGACUUGGGCUUUUUUGCGCAUACAUACCAACAACUACAGUGAUGGGUAGACAUAUAUAAGGUUUUUCUUUUUAGUUGGGGCGGAGGGACA